AUGGGGUUAAAGUGUUAUACUGAAACAGGGAACGUGAUCGGCCUUGAUCUUAGUUGCAGCUGCCUUGUUGGCCCUAUCCCCCUAACAGCACUUUCUUCAGCCUUCGGUCCAAUUCCAGCAUCUCUUAGCAACCUCACACAACUCAAAACUUUAGCUCUUUCACAUAAUCAAUUCAGUGGUCUUAUUCCAUUCUCAAUUUUCAACCUCCCACAAGUUGAAUUACUAGAUUUUUCUUAUAAUAACUUGCUCGGUUCUCUUCCUUCUCAAGUUGGUGGGCUUUCACGUCUUGUUGAUCUACUCCUUGAUCACUACUUUUUGAGUGGUCCGAUUCCGGAUCCGAUUUCCGAACUUGUGAACCUUGCACUUCUUGAUCUAUCUUCAAAUAAUUUGAGUGGCAACUUUGAAUUGCACAAACUAUCAAGUGCAAGCAAUGCCAAUUACUGUUUGCCAGAUCUUUCGACAUUAAACCUCUCUUCUUGCAACACAAAAUAUUAUCCAUGGAAGAAUGUUGAAACGCUUAAUCUUGGUUCCAACCUGCUAGAAGGGCAACUGCUAGUACCACCACUUUCUACAAAAGUCUUCUUAAUCUCAAACAACAGAUUGACAGGAGCAAUUCCAUCUUCUAUGUGCAAUAUCGGGUUUGAUUCGAAUACUUUUGACUUGUCUAAUAACAACUUGAGUGGAGCAAUUCCAACAUGUAUGGCCUAUGCAAAACUUCGUCAUUUAUAUUUGCAUAUGAAUCAUUUUCAUGGAGUCAUCCCUGAUUUCUAUGUUGAGGAUUACAUGUUAAAUAGACUUAACCUCAACGACAAUGAUUUUGAAGGGCCAGUCCCUAAAUCCUUGGUUAACUGCCAGCAUUUGGAAGUGCUGAAUCUCGGAAACAAUAAGAUAAAUGGCACCUUUCCCCACUGGUUAGGAAUUCUUCCUCGGCUACAGGUUCUUGCCUUGCGCUCCAAUCAUUUCCAUGGUCGAAAAGCCCUUCAGAAAAUGGAUCGGAUUUCUGGAAUGGGAUACAGGAGUUCUUACAACGAAGAUUCUGUGGUUAUCACAAUGAAAGAUGUGAACAUCGAACUCGAGAUAACUCUCACUAUUUUUGCAACCAUUGAUAUGUCAAGCAACCGAUUCGAAGGAUCGAUUUCGGAAACGGUCGGAAACCUUUUAUCUCUCAAAGUGCUCAAUUUUUCUCAUAACCAUUUAACUGGGUCACGUUCCUUCCUCAUUAGGGAAAAUGACAGCACUUGA